AUGAGCAUACUAGUCAGCAAGACUUCUGGUGGCGGUGGCCAGGGCUUCUCAGGCCGCUCCGCUGUGGUCUCCGGAAGCAGCAGGAUGAGCCGUGUGGCCAGCUCAGGGGGAGCCAGUGGAGGGGCCUGUGGGUUCCGGGGUGGGGUGGGUGGCUUUGGCAGUCGCAGCCUCUACAACCUGGGUGGCAACAAGAGGAUCUCUAUCAGCGUGGCCGGUGGCUCCCGGGCUGGUGGGUUUGGGGGAGGCCGUAGCAGCGGUGGCAGUGGCUUUGGGGGUGGCUAUGGAGGUGGCUUUGGUGGUGGCUUUGGUGGUGGCAGAGGAAUGGGAGGUGGCUUUGGAGGGGCUGGUGGCUUUGGAGGGGCUGGUGGCUUUGGAGGGGCUGGUGGCUUUGGUGGAGCUGGUGGCUUUGGAGGGGCUGGUGGCCUUGGUGGGGUUGGUGGCUUUGGUGGGCCCAGUGGCUUUGGAGGGCCUGGCAGCUUUGGCGGGCCUGGUGGCUUCCCUGGGGGAAUCCAGGAAGUGACAGUGAACCAGAGCCUCCUGCAGCCUCUCAAUGUGGAGAUUGACCCCCAGAUUGGGCAAGUGAAGACCCAGGAGCGGGAGCAGAUCAAGACCCUCAACAACAAGUUUGCCUCCUUCAUCGACAAGGUGCGGUUCCUGGAGCAGCAGAACAAGGUCUUGGAGACCAAGUGGAGCCUGCUCCAGCAGCAGGGCACAAAUUCCAUCACGGGGACCAACAACCUGGAGCCCCUUUUUGAGACCUACAUCAACAACCAACGGAGCUACCUGGACAGCAUUUUGGGGGAGAGGGGCCGCCUGGACUCGGAGCUGAGGAACAUGCAGGACCUGGUGGAGGACUUCAAGAAGAAAUAUGAGGAUGAAAUUAAUAAACGAACAGCCGCUGAGAAUGACUUUGUGACCCUGAAGAAGGACGUGGACACUGCCUACAUGAACAAAGUGGAUCUUCAGGCCAAAUUAGAUGCCUUAACAGAUGAAAUCAAUUUCCUGACGACCCUCUAUGAAAUGGAGCUGUCCCAGAUGCAGAGCCAUGUCAGCGACACGUCCGUGGUCCUGUCCAUGGACAACAACCGCAGCCUGGACCUGGACAGCAUCAUCGCUGAGGUCAAGGCCCAGUACGAGGACAUUGCCCAGAGGAGCAAGGCAGAGGCGGAGGCGCUGUACCAGACCAAGCUGGGAGAGCUGCAGACCACGGCUGGCAGGCAUGGGGAUGACCUGAAGAGCACCAAGAAUGAGAUCUCUGAGCUCAACAGGAUGAUCCAAAGGCUGCGGGCUGAGAUCGAGAAUGUUAAGAAGCAGAAUGCCAACCUGCAGGCGGCUAUCACUGAAGCUGAGCAGCGUGGGGAGAUGGCCCUCAAGGAUGCCAAUACCAAGCUCCAAGAGCUGCAGGUUGCCCUCCAGCAGGCAAAGGAUGACCUAGCCCGGCUGCUGAAGGAGUACCAGGAGCUGAUGAACGUGAAGCUGGCCCUGGAUGUGGAGAUCGCCACCUACAGGAAGUUGCUGGAGGGGGAGGAGUGCAGGAUGUCUGGAGAGUGCCAGAGUGCUGUCAGCAUCUCCGUGGUCAGCGGCGGCGGUGGCGGCGGCGGCGCGGCCUCGGGAUCGGCAGGUGGCUACGGCGGCGGCUUCGGCAGCGGCUACGGCGGCGGCUUCGGCAGCGGCUACGGCGGUGGCUUCGGCCGGGCAGGCGGCGGCGGCGGCUUCGGCUUCGGUGGAGGAAGCAGCGUUGGUUUCGGCGUCGGCAGCGGCGGCUUCGGCGGCAGCAGCGUGGGUUUCGGCGGCGGCAGCGGCAGCGGCUUUGGCUCCAGCGCUCGCGGCGGAGUCAGUGGCGGAGGCUUCAGCUCGGGCAGCAGCCGGGGCGGCAGCGUCAAGUUCUCCCAGUCCUCGCAGCGCAGCUCCAGAUAA